AUUGACGCAGAGAUGGCUCCACGCAUCGGCGAGAUCCCGCUGUCCGAGAAGGAGGCGCCGACCGUCGCGCUCGCUGAGCGCAGCCACCUCGGCGACCUCGUGUCGCUGCGCGCGACCGACGUCGACGUGCGUCCGUUCCAGGAGCGUCUCCAGCGCAUGGAAGAGACCAUGGACAUUUGGAACCCGGAGCAACAAGUCAACAACGUGCCGAUGCGGCGGUCGGGCCACGACGGCUGGGGCAUUGGCAAGAUCAUGCUCAUCUUCGCGGACGACUACCUCAAGCACCUCUACCAUUUCCCGUGGCUCGACCAGUGGCGCGACCUCCUCUUCCCGUUCUUCGAGGCGCUCAACGUCCCGCCCGAGCGCGUCAUUCGGUGCUUGUUUGCGCGCAUGCCGGCGGGCUCGGUCAUUCCCGUGCACCACGACACGGGCGCAUGGGUCGCCCACUGCCACCGCGUGCAUUUGCCCAUCAUUACGAACGACCAAAUCGACUUCAAGGUGGGUCUGGACGAAGAUGCGAUGACGCGCGUCGAGUUUGCCCAAGGCAACGUGUACGAACUCAACAACGCGAGCAAGCACAUGGUCGAAAACAAGUCGAGUGAAGCGCGCGUGCACUUGAUCUUUGACUACGUCGACGCCGACUUUUCUCUUGCGUCGCUGCCGCUGCGCAAGCUUGCGCCCGGCACCGUCCUCCACCAGACGCGGCGGACGGUCGACAUGUCGUCCGAGUUUGGCGCGCGCCCGACGCCGUCGUUUUGCAUCAUUGGCGCGCAAAAGGCGGGCACGACGUCGCUCUACGACUACAUCACGCAGCACGACCUCGUCGUGCCGGCCAACCGCAAGGAAACGCACUACUUGGACUGGCGCUUUGAUCCGAAGCUGCCACCGAUCGAGACGCCGGAAGGCCAAGCCGCGCACUUGGCCAUGUACCAGCGCUUCUUCCGCAUGGACGUCCUCGGGCCGUGUCCGUCGGUGCUCUCGGGCGAAGCGACGCCCAGCUACCUUCUCGGCGGCUCGGUUGUCAUUCGCCGCUUCCAAGCGCUCAUGCAAGGCGCCAAGAUCCUUGCGACGCUGCGCAACCCGGUCGACCGCGCGUUUUCCCACUACAACAUGACGGCCGACCCCGUCGGGAACCCCGAGCAGCUCAAGAACCGGGGCCACCAUGCGCUCGGCGGCAAGAGCUUUGAGCAAGUCGUCGACGCCGAAAUCGCCGAGCUCCAGGCGCUCGGCGUGCACCCAAAUAUGUCGUUUGAUGAAUUCGACCGCGUCUACCUCCAGACGCGCCUGGCGUUCCAGCACGGCGGUCACUCGUUCAUUGGCCGAGGGCUCUACGCGCUGCAGCUCCAGGGUUGGUUUGAAGCGUUCCCGAAGGACCAGCUCCACAUUGUCAACAUGGACGACAUGAAGACGUCGUCGGGCUUGCACGCGGUGAUGAAGGACGUGUUUGCGUUCUUGGAGCUCCCACCCUAUGUGAUCGAAGACAGCAGCGCCAAGAACACACGCGCAUACGGCGCGCUGCACCCCGACACCCGCGCGCGUCUCGAGGCGUUCUACGCGCCCUUCAACCAAGCGCUCGCGACCAUGCUCGGCCGCCGCUCGUUCGCCUGGUAGUCGACUAGUAGUGUCUCUAAAGAGGCUGCCCCCAAUCCACGUGCUACCUUGUGACAACCCCGUGGUUUGGCGGAGAAUACAAUGUCGACAGUCCAACUUUACUCGGGUGA